CACACUGACUCACUCUCAGCUACCAUCCAUGCCACAAUUACAGAUGGGGUUGCCAUUGGUCACCCAUGUUGUGGUGUCCACAAUUGCCACACCCCACUCACAUUCACCCACAAUCACUUCUGUUCCCAGCAUCAAGAUUUGAAUGCAGUAUGUGCAGUCACUGGGUGUCAUCUGAAAGCUUGA